UAACAACAGCUGGCGGGGGGAAUUAUGAGUGGCAUUUGCCAGUGUCACACAUUUGUUCAGUGAACGUACACGUCUCAAUAUUGUACAAUUUAUUUCGUACGUUCUCUAUUUUUGUUGGCCGACAGUGCUGUCGUUGCGUAUAGGGACUUGCUUACAGUGUCCAGUUUGUGGGUGCAUUUUGUCGGCCUUGAGAUAUUAAUUUAGUGUCAGGUGCGGUAAAUUGAUGUAUCUGUCUCAUUCGAAUGGUUCAUUGCAGAAUGUUGGGGCCAGGUGCGCCCGCGGCUUUCACAGUGAAUGAUAAAGGUUGAUGAAAGCCAGGGUUACGCUUUGGGAGGCUGCGCAGUUCGAGAUUUCUUGAUCAUACGAGGCAUGCUUUCGCUUCCGGGCUAGCGGUCAGAGAUGUUCGAGCAGAGCGCACAGUGAACAUCCACAACGAUAGACCGAGCAUCGAUGCUUCGUGCAGGCAGGAUGGAGGAGUGUGUUACGGAGGAAGAUGAACCAUGGUACGACCAACGGGAUUUGGAGCAGGAUCUGCACCUUGCAGCUGAGCUGGGGAAGACCCUUUUGGAGCGCAACAAGGAGCUGGAGGACUCCCUACAACAGAUGUACAUCAACAAUGAGGAACAGGUGCAGGAGAUCGAGUACCUGUCCAAGCAGCUGGAGAUGCUGAGGGAGAUGAACGAGCAGCAUGCCAAAGUCUACGAGCAGCUAGACGUGACGGCCAGAGAGCUGGAGAUCACCAAUGAGAAACUGGUUAUAGAGAGCAAGGCCUCGCAGCAGAAGAUAGACAGGUUGACGGGUACCAUGGAGACACUGCAGGCUCAGGUGGAUACCAUGACAGCUCGUGUGGAGGAACUACGUACACUAGAGGAGCUGAGGAACCACAGAGAGGAGCGGGAGCGACGCAAGACUGUCCACUCCUUCCCCUGCCUUAAAGAACUCUGCACUGCACCAAAGUAUGAGGAUGGCUUCCUGGUGGCCAACCCCGGCAGUGUGGACCUGGUGUCUGAGCGUGAGCGCCGGCCGCUGGACGAGGAGAACGAGCGUCUAAAAGGUGUGGUCUCCUCCCUGAGGUCCGCCAUGGUGGCAGAACGGGGCCGGAGGGAGGGGGCAGAGAGGGAGUGCACAGCUGUGCUGCAGGAGUUUGAGCUUAUGGAACAACGCCUCCUGGGGGCUGAGGGCUGCCAGCUGCGAGUGCAGGAGCUGGAGGCGGAGCUUCAGGAGAUGCAGCAGCUGAGGAGGUCCCGGGUCUGUCUGUUGGAUGAGGGUCUGGAGCAGACCCUGCUCAACAAUGCCCCCGAGACCGACACACCCGAGGAGGGACCGGGGAAAAAGGAGGGAGGGGAGGGGACGGGGGAGUCCGGGGGAACAGGAGGAGGGGUGCAGCAGGGAGGCCCCGUGAGGAAGAGCUGCAGCGACACGGCGCUCAACGCCAUCUCAGCCUGCGACACCUCUGGCAGGCGACAGGGCAGCUACGCAAUCCACGCCAACGGCGUGCGCAAGCGCGGCAUGUCCAUCCUGAGGGAAGUGGACGAGCAGUACCACGCCCUGCUGGAGAAGUACGAGGAGUUGCUGGGGAAGUGCCGGCGCCAUGAGGAGAGCAUGUGCCAUGCGGGGGUGCAGACGUCACGCCCUGUCUCUAGAGACCCCUCCAUGAAGGACUGUGGCAUGGCCACCCCCGGCCCCUCAGCCAUGGCUGCUGCACCCCCACCCCGCCCCCAGACCCCCUCCACCCCAGAGGCCCUGGAGGGCAUCAGCCGGCAGGUAGACCAGGUGGACAAGAGGCUGGGCCAGAACACCCCAGAGUACAAGGCCCUGUUCAAAGAGAUCUUCUCCCGCCUGCAGAAGACCAAGAGUGAAGUGAACUCCACCAAGGGUUGGAAGUCCCCAAGGGUUGGAAGUCCCCAAGGGUUGGAAGUCCCCAAGGGUUGGAAGUCCCCAAGGGUUGGAAGUCCUAAGGGGAAAAAGUCCAAAGACAAAUGAGCUGCUUUUGUGAUACUAGUGAACAUGACCUCUCCUGAUACUACUGAACAUGACCUCUCCUGAUACUACUGAACAUGACCUCUCCUGAUACUACUGAACAUGACCUCUCCUGAUACUACUGAACAUGACCUCUCCUGAUACUACUAAACAUGACCUCUCCUGAUACUACUAAACAUGACCUCUCCUGAUACUACUAAACAUGACCUCUCCUGAUACUACUAAACAUGACCUCUCCUGAUACUACUAAACAUGACCUCUCCUGAUA